UUUUAAAGCGUAGAAGAAGAAGAAGAAUCGUCACUGGAACAUAUUAGUCCCAAAAAUUACUUCCCCUUUAUUUUGUAAGUUAGGAAAAUACUCUUGGUGUCCGGAUUUCACGCGCCUGCACCCGACUGAUUUGUUUCCGUUUGCGCGUAAAUUCCUCUUGAUUCUCAAUGGCCAGUUCGUUUUCGAGCGUCUCCGAGCUGGCGGCUGCCGCUCGCCGCCUGUACGGACAGGUGUUCGGGGGAGAGAGUCCUCAGGUGGCGGUGUGUGCUCCGGGAAGAGUCAACCUGAUCGGCGAGCACACGGACUACAACCUGGGAUUUGUACUUCCAAUGGCCUUGCCCUUGGUGACUGUGGUGGUGGGGAGCCAAACCUCUGGACAGGACGUUACCGUGGUAACAGCGACUGAGGAUGCUGAUGAGCCCCACAGAGUGGACUUUAUACUAUCUGGUGACGCGUCAUCGCUGUCUCCAGGGUUACCCAGCUGGGCAAACUAUGUGAAGGGUGUUAUACAUCAUUACAGGGCUCCUCCGGUCUCAGGUUUCAAGGCAGUGAUCGCCAGCAGUGUCCCUUUGGGAGGAGGCCUGUCCAGCUCUGCCUCCCUGGAGGUGGCUUUCUACACCUUCCUGCAGCAACUCAAGCCAGAUGAUGGAGACAAGGUGUCCAAAGCAGUAGCCUGUCAGAAGGCAGAACACACCCACGCUCAUGUACCCUGUGGCAUCAUGGAUCAGUUUGUAUCGGUCCUCGGGAGGGAGCGACAUGCUUUGCUCAUUGAUUGCAGGUCUCUGGAGGCCACUCCCGUCCCGCUGGCAGAUCCAGGUCUGGUCAUUCUCAUCACCAAUUCCAAUGUGAAGCAUUCAUUGGCUGGCAGUGAGUACGCCGUGAGACGGGAACAGUGUGAGAAAGCUGCUGCAAUCCUGGGAAAGCCAAGUCUCCGAGACGCUACCAUGAAGGACCUGGAGGGUGUAAGAGACAGACUGGAUGAGGUAACCUACCAAAGAGCUCACCACGUGAUUGGGGAGAUUGAAAGAACCAUCCAAGCUGCUGACGCCCUGAAGAGAGCAGCCUACGAAGAGUUUGGCAAGCUCAUGGUGGAGAGCCACAACUCGCUCAGAGAUUUGUACGAGGUCAGCUGCAAAGAGCUGGAUGAGCUGGUGGCUGCAGCCAUGGAGGUGGAGGGGGUGUUUGGCAGCCGGAUGACAGGCGGAGGAUUCGGGGGAUGCACCGUGACUUUGCUGCAGGCUCAGGCCACCGACAAGACUAUACUGCACCUAAAGGAGCGAUACAGUGGAACCCCAACUUUCUAUGUCACGACUCCAUCAGAGGGAGCUCGGGUUCUCUCCUGAGCUUUGACAACACAUAUGUAGCAUAAGCACAACACAUUAUUUACUUAACACAGGAUACUGUACUUGAUUAUACUUGAUUUUUUUGUGAUUUUUACAUUGAAGAUAAUAAAAUCAUUUUGUUAAGAGGUGCCUUUACAUUAACACAAUGCUUCCUGGUAACAUCUUGUUACUGUUACUUAUAUCUGUGAAUUGUGUUAUGAUUUAGUGUUUAGCUACUGUUAAAGAUGCAAGGUUUUCCUUAACUGGACACUAAAGGUCUUAUUUUUAAUUAUUCACGAUUUUACCUUAGCCUGCCCCUGACCAAUAAAAAUAUUUCUUCUUAUUUUUGUAUUUGGGAAAAUAAAUAGAUCAGAUAUAUAUAUAUAUAUAUAUUAUUUUCUUUAUUGGUAUUUUGAUUUUGGGAAUUCAGUGUUUGACUAAAAUAGAAAAACAAUUUGAGGUUUGAACUGCAGUAUGUGGAAAAAAAGGAUUUGGAAUGUUUUCAGCUUUAAAGUUUUCUGUAUUUCUGUCUUUCAGAUUUUGCUACUUGAACUUUGUAAAAAUGUGUCAAAAUCAAAUGUGCCUUUACUUCAAAUGUAAUAAUUAACAGUAUUCAUUCAUUAUUGGUAUUUACAAUUAGUACUACACAGCUCAUACUUCAUAAGGAAAUUUUGUUUUGUUUACACUGAAUGCAGAGUUGCAAUAACAUAUUUCUACACUUGAGCGAAAAGAUGCAUACAUUUUAGGAUGUGCACUUUUAUGUUUCUGCAGUAACCUGCUGUACAUGCAGCAUUUAAAUGUGGGGAAUGUUUGGCUUUUUUUAUUGUUAAUACCAGGGUUUAUGGAUUUGUUUCAAAUAAAUGAAUGAACAAAUUACCAUAUAA